AUGCUCUACCUCGUAUCAAAUUUUUUUUUUACUCUUAUAAUAGAAAGAAAUUAUAACAGUAUUCCAUCCAAAUUUUCUUAUUUUCAAUAUUAUUCAGAAACAGAUAGCGAAGAUUUAUAUAAGGAUAUAGAGGUAUAUAGCAAAGCUUCAGCAGAAGGAGAUAUAAGAACUGUUGAUGAUGUAGACAAAGAAAUUUAUAAUAAGGAUUGUAUUUUAUAUGAGGAAGAUGAUGAUAGUGAAGAUGAGAAACAGACAGAAGU